CCCACGCCCCGUUACGUACCGACGCAAAGAUGUGAUACGUGAUGCAAGUGACGCAGUUACGCAGCGCAUGCUUUUGUAACCCCAAGCGUCCCUUGAACCAAGGCAAAGCCAAGUUCGUUGAAGAAGCCUGAGCGGAGAUGUACCGUCCCAAACCGACGCUGCGGGACCGACAGCACCUGUACCGGCUGAUCAUCAGCCAGUUGCUGUAUGACGGUUACACCAACAUCGCCAACAACCUCAUCACGGAGGUGAAGCCACAGAGCGUCGUGUCGCCCUCUGAGAACCUCAUGCAGCUGGCCAAGAUAGGCAUGGAGAAUGAUGACAGUGCGGUGCAGUAUGCCAUCGGGCGGUCUGACACAGUGGCACCAGGCGUUGGCAUCGACCUGGAGUUUGACGCUGAUGUCCAGUCCAUGUCCCCCGAGGCGUCUGAGUACGAGACUUGUUACGUGACGUCUCAUAAGGGUCCCUGUCGCGUGGCCACCUACAGCCGGGACGGGCAGCUCAUUGCUACGGGCUCCGCAGACGCCUCCAUCAAAGUCUUGGACACAGAACGUAUGCUGGCCAAGAGUGCCAUGCCCAUAGAGGUGAUGAUGAAUGAGACAGCCCAGCAGAACAUGGAGAACCACCCUGUGAUCAGAACACUGUACGACCACGUGGAUGAGGUCACGUGUCUGGCAUUCCACCCCACGGAACAGAUCCUGGCGUCUGGGUCACGUGACUACACCCUCAAACUGUUUGACUACUCCAAGCCCUCUGCCAAGAGAGCCUUCAAACAUGUACAGGAAGCAGAGAUGCUGCGUGCCAUCUCCUUCCACCCGUCAGGUGACUUCCUGUUGGUGGGGACACAGCACCCGACCCUCCGCCUCUACGACGUUAACACCUUCCAAUGCUUCGUCUCCUGCAACCCUCUAGACCAGCAUACUGACACCAUCAGUGGAGUCAACUACAACCCUAAUGCUAACAGCUAUGUGACGUGCAGUAAGGACGGCAGUAUCAAGCUGUGGGACGGCGUGUCUAACCGCUGUGUGAUGACGUUUGAUAAGGCCCAUGAUGGGGCGGAGGUCUGCUCCGCUGUCUUCUCGAAGAACUCCAAGUACGUCCUCUCCACCGGGAAAGACUCUGUCGCCAAACUGUGGGAGAUCUCCACCGGGCGCCCCCUGGUCAAAUACACAGGUGCUGGUCUGAGUGGUCGUCAGAUGCAUCGUACCCAGGGUGUGUUCAACCACACAGAGGACUAUGUUCUGCUGCCUGAUGAGAGAACCAUCUCUCUAUGCUGCUGGGACUCCCGAUCUGCAGAGAGGAAGAACCUUCUGUCCCUGGGUCACAACAACAUCGUCCGCUGUAUCGUCCACUCCCCCACCAACCCAGGGUUCAUGACCUGUAGUGAUGACUUCAGGGCCCGCUUCUGGUACAGACGUACUACCACCGACUGAGACCCUCUGUUGUACCUCUGACCCCUCUGUACCAACACACUACCACAGAGCCCAAACAAAAUCCCUCACCACUGAGGAAACCCCCAUUGACGACGACUCCACAGCCAAACAGCUCCUUACCUGACACUGGACAGCAUCAGGGUCCUGCAGCCUCAGACGUUACAACAAACCGUGUCUGAGUUGACUACCCUGCCUCCAUCUUGGACUGGAUUUCAGUGGCGCUAGUGGGGUCUUUCUGAUGACUCUGUAAUGGCUUGUCAUGACUGUAGUACCCAGGUAUGACAUCCAGGCGGCCGUGUUUGACCAGUGAGUUUCUAUCUGGGCCUGGUUUCACCAUGGUGGGUAGCCAUGUUGGUAGAGAACACAGCUGAUUGGCUGGCUGAUUACAUGAACAGCGUUGUUGGGAAUAGUAAUCAUUAACUAAUCUUCUAGAUAUUUUGAAGACCGUGAGCAACAUGCUCAUUAAUACGUUUCUUUAAUCUUUUGAUAAAACAACUCCGUAGUUGAGUUUGUGGUUUUCCACUUUUUUCCCCUUUUUUUGUUUGUCUUUCUGACAUUUUUAAUAAAACAUUGAAGAAAA